AUGGAUACACAGCAAACAAACGAUCGCACGGCUGAUGCUGGUUCCACUGCUUCUGCUUCUGAUACCAGCACAGUGAAUAUAUCUGCAAAUGGCAGAAAUGUGGGUUCCUCCACAUCCAUUACAGACUACAAUUCGUCUUCUGGAAGUGUACCAGCAGCAAACACAGCAGUUGCUGCAGGCAGCGUGCCUGAGGGUGGUGAGCAUACGGGAGAAGCGGAUGCAAAUGGCACUGAAGGGCAAACAAAGGGUCAGGUUGAAGAAUUGUACCCAAUUGCACUUUUAAUGGAUGAACUUCGACACGACGAUGUUGCAGCCAGAGUUCAGGCUAUGAAACGUUUGGACACGAUUGCAAUUGCAUUGGGUCCAGAGCGGACGAGAAAGGAGCUCAUCCCAUUUUUGGAGGAUGUGAUUCCAGAAGACGAAGAUGAAGUUAUAGCAAUUGCAGCCGAGGAACUUGGUAAGUUUGUUUCUUUGGUUGGUGGUCCCGAGUAUGCGCCACAACUGGUUCCCGUGUUGGAAAAGAUCUCGGCAUGCGAAGAGCCGAUUGUUCGUGAGAAGGCUGUGGCAUCUUUGAAUCUUAUAUCGAAAUCGCUCUCAGAUGAACAAAUCCAGCAAACGUUUCUACCUCUUAUUCAAAGGCUGGCCAAAGAGCGGUGGUUUUCUCUGCACAUUGCAGCUGCUGGAUUGUUUGAGAGUGUUUUGAUCAGAGUUCCUUCUGAUAUAAGGACAGAACUCCUCAAGCUCUACUUUGAUUUGAUCCAGGAUGACUCGCCUAUGGUGAGAAAAGCGUCUGCAACAGAGCUUCCAAAGCUUAUAGAUCUUCUUGCUGCCAACUUCCACACUCCAGACACUGUGAAUGAGUUUCACUGGGACAUCAUCACGUCGAUGUAUGAGAAUAUCGUUAACGACAAUCAGGAUUCCGUUAAAUUCCUUGCUGUUGAUGUCUUGAUCUCCAUUCUUUCCUUCUUGCAAUUACUCGGAGACAGAACGCAUCACCCAGAGUUGUUUGACAGCUUGUUGGCUCUAAUAAAUGACCCAAGCUGGAGAGUCCGGUACAUGGUUGCAGACCGUUUUGACAAAUUGGCCGAGAACUUUGAUGAUGACAGUUACACGUUGAAGUUGGUGCCUAAUCUUCUCUCUCUGAUGAAGGAUAACGAGGCUGAGGUUAGGAAAGCGAUUUCCAAGGAGCUCUCGUCCUUUUGCAAGUUGGUCAACAAGGCUGAUCGUUCCAUCAUGGUUGAUGACAUCGUUCCAGUUAUAUCACAGUUGAGCAUGGAUGAGGCAGAAUCUGUGAGAAGUGCAUUAGCCGGAGAAAUCACAGGAUUGGCUCCCAUAUUUGGAAAAGAUGCCACCAUCAAAUAUCUUCUUCCUAUAUUCGUGGACAUGCUAAAGGACGAAUUCAGUGAAGUUCGUUUGAACAUUAUAUCAAAGCUCCAGGUUGUCAACGAUGUCAUUGGAAUCCAACUUUUGUCCGAAUCGUUGCUGCCUGCUAUCACCUCUCUCUCCAACGAUAAGUUGUGGAGAGUCAGGUUGGCAAUCAUCCAGCAAAUUCCUUUAUUGGCAGAACAGCUCGGUGUGGCCUUCUUCAAUGAGGCAUUGGGACAGUUGUGUAUGGACUGGCUAUGGGAUCCAGUCUACUCUAUCAGGGAAGCCGCUAUUAUGAACUUGCAGAAGUUAACGAAGUUCUUUGGUGAGGAUUGGUGUAAGAAAGAGCUUAUCAAGAGAAUCCUCGAGAAGAAGCAGUCGAAGGACUUUGAUAACUUUAUAUGCAGAAUCACGUGCUUGCUAGCGCUGGAUAAAUUGAUACCUGUUCUCUCUCCAAAGGUCAUUUCCGAGGAUAUAUAUCCUUUUAUCGAUGAAUUAAAGUCAGACCAUGUGCCAAACAUUAGAUUUAACGUUGCCAAGUCGUUGGCUUCAAUAGCAGAAAGAUUAUAUCCAGAAUAUAAGACCAUAGUGACUGAUAAAAUUGUGCCUACUCUUGAAGCAUUUGAGAAUGAUGAUGAUGUUGAUGUUAGAUUCUACACGAAGCAGAGUAUCGAGAAGGUGAAUAAACUUCUUCAAGAUACGAAGCAGUGA